AUGUCCAAGCCCCCUCCCAAGCCGGCCAAGCCAGGCCAAGUCAAGGUGUUCAGAGCUGAGUUCACCUUUGACCCCAGAACGCCCGAUGAGCUUUACUUUGAAGAGGGAGACAUUCUCUACAUCUCUGAUACGAGUGACAGUAACUGGUGGAAAGGAACAUGCCGAGGGAGAACAGGACUUAUUCCGCGCAACUAUGUGACAGAGCAGGCAGAGUCUAUCGACCACCCGAUGCAUGAGGCGGCCAAACGAGGGAAUCUUUCCUGGUUGAGGGAAUGUGUGGAGAACAGGGUGGGAAUCAACGGCUUGGACAAGGCAGGCAACACUGCCCUCUAUUGGGGAUGUCAUGGAGGACAUAAAGAUGUGGUGGAACUGCUGCUAAGCCAGUCCAGUGUGGAACUCAACCAGCAGAAUAAGCUUGGGGACACUGCUCUGCACGCUGCUGCUUGGAAGGGUUAUUCUGACAUUGUCGACAUGUUGCUCAACAAAAAUGCGAGAACAGACAUCCGGAAUAACGAGAACAAGUUGGCGCUGGAAAUGGCCACCAAUGCACAGUGUGCGUCGCUGCUCAAGAGGAAGCUGGCAAGCACUAUUACCCGCUCGCACAGCAAUGCUGAGGAGUAUUUGGAUGACGAAGACUCAGACUGA